CUCUGCUCUAAAAAUAUCUAUGGUGGUAGUCGUUUUAUUACAAGUCCCCAGACGUCAUACCCACAAUUCUUGGUUAAUUCAUAACUGAUUUACAUUCAGGCUAGUUGGGCCGUCCCUGAAGUUGGCUUUUUCCCAGAUUCUCCAGCUGCAUCUGAAGCAACUAGCAGCACAUCGGAUGCCAUUAAACAAGUUCGUUCUAAAAGACCCAUGGGUCGAUCAGAGGUUCCUUCUGACAUACCAUCUGAAGAAAAUAACCCUGGAUGUCGGAAUAAAAAUACCGAUGAUGAUAAUUGUUCGUCGCCAUCCAAUAUGAUAAGUUUUGAAUUAUCCAAUGGUCAUCCAUUUGGCCCUCAUGUGCUAACAACAAUGGAUGAUGAUCGGUUUGUGGAAUAUCAACUGGAUGACUUCACAGGCUUUCCAUGUAAUGUGGAGGAAGAAGAGAGGAUGUUAAUGGAAGCCAUAAUUGAGUCCUUAAAAGACUUAGACAUACCACAUCCUCAAAUGGAAGAGCUACCAAAGACCUGUGCUGAUUCUUCGGAGUCUUUAAGGAAAGAUGAAAUAAAUGGAAGGGAUGCUUGUUCGACAGUAGAAAAGGGCAGCUCCGUGCCCCUGGAGUUCACGUCCACCGGAGUGGAACAUCAUCAAUCCACCAUAGUAGCCAGUGGCUCUGAUGUCGGCAUCAAGCAAGCAUCCCCUGAUACUAGUUUCUCGUCUUCGGGACACGCAUUCGAUACACCUCCAUUGACCGAGGAAUCAGGGAACACAAGUAGUGAUACCUCAGAAAGUACCCAAAAUUCAUCUGAACCGGUCAUGUCAGGUUGCACAAAAGCCACUGUAACAGUGGUACGGAACCCCUCUAAUAACAUCAUGGAUGGUUUGAAGCAUCGGUGGGAUCUCAACUUCUUUCGAAACAGUCGAUGAAAGUUAAGAUGACAUUGUAUGGAUAGCCUGAUGAUUGUAUAUAAUUUGUAGUUCGGUGAGGAAAAUA